AUGCAGUCUGCAUUUGUAGUCAUACUAAAGGAUGGAAAUGCUUUGUUACCCUGUUCCCUCAGCACCAAGCAGAACAUUGAACAAGGACACUUUGACUUGAAUAAAGUUGCUCAGAAUAAUGAAAAACAGAAGGAGGUGUUCCGGUACAAUCAAGGCAGACAUUCCAAUACUGGCUUUGGAUCUCAGGAUGAAGAGUUUAAAGGUCGAGUCUCUCAUUUUCAAGAAGAACUGAAACACGGCAACGCCUCCAUCAUCAUCAGAAAUACGAGACUGACUGACAGUGGAAACUACACCUGUACUUUUACUGAGCCGCGUCAAACGUUCCACAUUAAGCUUGUUGUUGGUGGUGUCUUAAAAGACAGAUCAGAUAAAAACAUCAGAGCUAAGAAGCCAUUCAUCACAGCACUUGAGCAAACAAAAGACUGGUCACGGCUGCAGUGUGAGGUUCAUGGUGCUUCUCCAAAACCUAAAGUAGAGUGGAAGGACAGUUCUGGAAACAAACUUCCUGCUGAAGAACUACAGGUCACAGACAGAGGAGGCAGCUAUGACAUCAUCCUCCAAACUACUGUGACCAAGACUGACUACUAUCACUGUGUGGUCACACAGGAGGAAAUCAACCAUCAGACUGAAGCAAAGAUUCAUGUUUACAUCAGUGGGUCCACUGGAUGGGUUGUUGUUGUUUCAGUUUUCUGCACUCUUUUGGUUGGUGGUGUUAUUCUGACUGUGCUUGUCUACAAGGGUUGCAUCACACUUAACUGUAAGAAAGGUUCACCAGCAGAUCACAAGGAAGGUUCAGCAGUCCCUCUUAAUGGUCAACCCAGUCGGUCACAGGAGGCACCUGAUCCAGAAACCUAACUGUCUCUGCAUGUGUUGUAAAGUUUGCUGCUGAAGGAUGUGAACUGUGUUAAUGUAAACUCUGUGAGAAGCAGUUUGAGUUUUAGAUCAGACUGUAUGUUUGUGAGGACAAUUUGGCUGAUCUUGUUUUUCACAUUACAGUUAAAAUUAGUCUCAGGUUAAGGUCAGGAUCAGGGUUGUGGUUAGACAGAUAGUUGUGAUGGUAGAAGGGUGGAAGUGAUAUUGUCGGGGUGAAUGUGUAUUCAGCUCAUUCUGCCUUCAUAUGGAGACAUCAUGACAACAAUCUGUCCCUGAACUUAACCUAGUGUUGUUUAUACGCUGUCCUCACAUUGAGUUCUCCCCAUAAAGAUCACAGACAGCAACAUAACAGCACGCCUGCUCUCUGAGCUAAUUUUAAUAUCUAAGAGAACUGGAGAUCUUGUGAUGAGCUCACUCAGUCGCAACUUAAAAAGAAAGAAAGCCAGGGGUGUCAAGUGGGGGCUAGUGGCUCCUUCCCUUCUUCCUACCUUCCUACUCUUGGCCCCUGUACUCAGACCACAGCCAUCUUUGAACUGCCUUCAUUUGAUCUCAACUACACAUCUAUUAAGUUUUGUGUGUGCGUUUUGCAUGGUUGUAACGCUCUCGCAUUGACUAAUGACUGUCCACAGGAAGACACACACAUACUCACACUCACACACACACACACACACACACACACACACACACACACGUGUGCGCGUGCUUCAGGUCUUGUAGCACUGUAUUGCGGCACAGGAGUUAUUAAUUUAGUGUCUUUUUAUUGGUGUAUUUAAUAUGAACUGUUCACUUUAAUCUGUUUUAAUUUUGGCCUUACAAAAUAAAAGUUGGACCACAUGUUAGUUCAGUGAUAAGAACGAGACAGAGGUCAGUUACACAGAGACAGACUGGAGUUAAUAAGGUGACAACAGAAGAGAGGAAGUUUCCUUCAAUGCUGACAGAACUGAUUAUUAAUGAAUCCUUCUGUUCAGUGCCAAUUAAAUUAACAGUUUGUGUUAAAGUCUGAUAUAUAAUGUGUAUAUAGUGACUGAGUUCCACUGUGUGUGUGGCUUUAAGAGGAAAAACUGUUUUUUAAAUGAUGGCUUCUUGUGCUUUGUUCUGUGUGGAUUUUCUUCUAUUGUUUUUAUAUUCUGAUUAUUUUAUGCAUGUUGUUUUUAAGAUUGAUUUCAUUUCCAGGCAGCACAGAUCUUCAUAUCACAUUUAAUGCUUCAUUUCUGUCCAAACGUUUGAAUAAAACAUGAAAAAUGUCAAA